UUCAGUGCCAUUUAUGAGAGCAAAUGGCAUGACCAAACCAGGGCUGAUAACUCUGGUAGGAAAAGAUGGUGUAAAGUGGAAAGUGAAUCUUUACGAGGAGAGAUCCGGAAGCUCACUGUGUCUUGGAAAGGGGUGGAAAGAGUUUGCUAAAGCAAACGGGUUAAAGACGGGUGAAUACUUCACCUUGGAGUUAGUAUGGGAAAAUGAAAUUCCUAUGCUCAGCUUGGUCAACACAGAGUCUGCCAGUGACAGAAAGCAGAGAGGUGAGCCUUCAAAAGCCAUGGAGAAAGAGAGAAGUACUGAUACGUCUUCAAUCGUCCAAAACCGAGUAGUGACAUUGGCCCUUGAAACUAAAGAUGUCAAAGCAUGUACAUUGCAUCUUCCAAGUGAAUUCGUGACAGCUAUUGGCAUCAAGAAGCUUGGAAAGAUAACCUUGCUUGGCAAGGAUGGAAUGAAGUGGUGGGGAUGUCUUUUGUCAAGAGAUGGAACCGUGGCUGUUGGAAUUGGUUGGAGAAAUUUCUGUGAGGCUAAUGGUGUAAAGUUAGGUGAUUCAUUCAGCCUAGUAUUCAUUAACGAAGAAGAGGACACAGGUCCAGUAUUCAAGUUCAGUCCCAACUCCGGGAACUGAGAAAAAUUGUUUUAAUUAAAAGCAUUUGAAUUGCCAUUAGUCUUCCCAUCAAACAAAGACUUUUCGUUUGUUAUGUUUUUUCUUUCUUUUCGUUUGUUAUGUUUUUCAGUUCUGAUAAAUAACUAAUAUCGAAAUGGCCAUAUGAUUAUG